AUGUUACACGGUGGAGGAGCUAUAGCUUGGGAUAGAGUGUGUCAACCAAAAGCUGAAGGGGGAUUAGGAAUCAAAAAGUUGGAAGAAUGGAACAAGGAAGCCAUGAGCAAUUUGUUUACUGCUCCACAGCCAAGAGUGAAGUGGUGUAAGGAGGUUUGGGCACGUUUGAACACACCAAAACAUAGUGUGAUUCUUUGGCUAGCAAUGCUUAACCGACUGAAAACAAAAGAGAGGCUGAAAAAGUAUGGCAUCUUGUUACAAGAUCAUUGCAGUUUAUGUGAUUCUAACAUGGAAAAUGAGCAGCAUUUAUUUUUUGAUUGUUGUUUAUCUUCUUACUGCUUGGAUGAAAUCAAGCAUUGGCUUGAUUGGAAGGCAAUAAACAUGUCUCUUCCACAACUAGUUCGGUGGAUUGGCACGGCAAGAGUUUCAAAGUUUAAGAAAUUGGUGCUGGCUGCUGCUAUAGCAGCAGUGGUUUACCGCAUUUGUCAAGAAAGGAAUGGGGUCAUUUGGCAUGGAAACAAGGUGAAUAAAUGUCAAAUGGUAGAAGACAUCAAGUGGAGCUUGAGGACCCGAAUUAACAUGGUGUUUCCAAAGAAAAUUCAAAGUAUAGAUAGAGAUUGGUUUUAUGCUUUAUAG